AUGCAAUGUCGCCUGAACCAUAAUGAUGCCUAUAUCACUACACCAAUAUAUUAUGUUAAUGCAGUUCCUCAUAUUGGUCACCUCUAUUCAAGUGUAAUAGCAGAUACAUUACGUCGUUUCUAUGCCUUGAAAAAUUAUGAAACUUCUUUAACUACAGGUACCGAUGAACAUGGUUUGAAGAUCCAACAAGCAGCUGCCAAAAAUAAUACGACUCCAAUCGAACUUUGUGAUAAGGUUUCAGAUAGUUUCCGGAAAUUAUGUGACAAGGCGAAUAUUCAAUAUACGACGUUUAUGCGUACUACUGAACCACGACAUGCCAAGGCAGUAUCCCAUUUAUGGAAUGCUCUUUUGAACGCAGGUUACAUUUACAAAGGACAACAUGAAGGAUGGUACGCCAUUUCUGAUGAAGCAUUUUACCCUGAUAAUCAAGUACAUAAAAUAACGGACGAACAAGGCAAUGAUAUGAUGGUCUCUACAGAAUCUGGACAACGUGUGGAAUGGACAAUGGAAGAAAACUACAAAUUCAAGCUCUCAGAUUUCGAACAACCAUUAUUAGAUUGGAUCGAACAAAAUCCUCAAGUCAUUGUACCUGCUAAUCGAAAAAAAGAAGUCAUCUCAUGGAUUCAAGCUGGUUUAGGUGACCUCUCUAUUUCUCGUUUACGUUCUCGCCUGGAUUGGGGUAUUCCUGUACCAAAUGAUCCUGAAAAUCAUACGAUUUAUGUUUGGCUUGAUGCUCUCACCAAUUAUAUUACUGCUAAAGGUUAUCCUGAUACUACAGAACAAAUAUCAGCCAAAGUACAUGUAGUGGGCAAAGAUAUUUUACGAUUUCAUGCUGUCUAUUGGCCUGCUUUCUUGAUGGCGGCUGGUCUACCUUUACCUCAACAGAUCUUGGCACACGCUCAUUGGACAAUGGGAAAACAAAAAAUGUCGAAAAGUCGGGGUAACGUCGCUGAUCCUUUCGAGGUGAUGGAAACAUAUGGAGUGGAUCCUGUACGAUAUUAUCUUAUGCGUGAUGGUGGAUUGGCUGAUGAUGGUGAUUACUCUGAAGAUGGCAUCAAGAAAAGAUAUAAAAAAGAUUUGGCAGGACAAUUAGGCAACUUAUUAAAUCGUAGUACUGGAGAAUCUCUCAAUCCUGAAGGCAAGGUUCCUGCUAUGGCCUCAAUUGUAGAUUCUCGUGACAAAACUAUACAUGAUAAGUUGACAGCUCUUCCAGGGAUUUUUGAUACUCAUUUUGAAGAAAGAGAAUUUAAUAAAGGAAUUGUAGCUAUUAUGGAUAUGUUGGCAGAGGCAAAUAAACAUUUUACCGAUAAUCAACCUUGGAAAUUGAAAGAUCAACCUGAAAGAAGAAAUCAAGUACUAUAUUAUGCAUUGGAAUCAUGUAGGGUAGCAGGUAUUUUACUUCAACCUGUGAUGCCUACGAAAAUGGAUGAAUUGUUGUCAAGAUUAGGUGUCCCUGAAAAUCAAAGAUCAUUCUCUGAUGCAGCACUAUCUUGUGAAAUGCGUUUAUUAGGUCCAUCUACUGGUGUUUUAUUCCCUCGUCUCUGA